GUCAUAAGCUGCUGAUAGGGCCGACAGAAAGGAGCAGAGCACAGUGAGCACACGAGCUUGGUAUAGGGCAAGCCGGUUAGGACUGACAUUACCGGCAUAUUAGGUUCGGCGGAGAAUUCGCAAACGGAAAGAAAAAGAAUGGGUGUUGCUUUUUUCGUUUUGAAUGCGUUGUGAUGCUACCGUGAAGAUGCCUCAGAACCAGACCUUUUUACACCUACUUGCCGGGGGAUGUGGCGGUACAGUGGGUGCAAUUGUCACAUGUCCUCUUGAAGUGAUCAAGACCCGGCUUCAGUCCUCCGGUAUUUCCCUGAGACCCUUGUACCUGUCACAGAUACAGCUGGGAACACUAAAUGGCACUGGGGUGGUGCGACCAACAUCUGUAGCACCUGGGCUGUUACAGGUAUUGAGGUCAAUUUUGGAAAAGGAGGGUCCAAGAUCACUUUUUCGAGGCCUGGGUCCAAAUCUUGUUGGUGUUGCUCCUUCAAGAGCCAUAUACUUUGCUGCAUACUCCAAAUCCAAAGAGAAGUUCAAUGGCAUCUUUGUACCAGACAGCAGUUUGGUUCACAUGUGUUCAGCAGGCUUUGCCGCAUUUGUUACAAAUUCAUUAAUGAACCCCGUAUGGAUGGUCAAAACACGUAUGCAACUGGAAAGAAGAGUGAGAGGAGUAAAGCAGAUGAACGCAAUCCAGUGUGCGAAGUAUGUAUAUCAGUCAGAAGGAAUCCGUGGAUUUUACAGAGGACUCACUGCUUCAUAUGCUGGAAUUUCAGAGACUAUCAUCUGUUUUGUUAUUUAUGAAACUUUGAAGAAGCAAAUGGCAAAUAUAAGACUCUCCUCACCAGCCAGAAAAGGAUCCGAUAAAGGUGCCUCUGAUUUUUUUGGGCUUAUGAUUGCAGCAGCAUUUUCAAAAGGGUGUGCAUCCUGUAUUGCAUAUCCACAUGAGGUAAUCCGGACCCGUCUUCGUGAAGAAGGAAGCAAGUACAAAUAUUUCUUCCAGACAGCUCGACUUGUGGCAGUGGAAGAAGGCUAUUUGGCAUUUUACAGAGGACUUUUGGCUCAACUAAUUCGACAAAUCCCAAACACGGCUAUCGUGUUGUCCACAUAUGAGCUUAUAGUAUAUUUUCUAGGAAGUAAAUUCUAGAAAUAAGGAAAGACUUGGAGCACUGGACUUUUUUUAUUAUUAUUUUUAUUUAAUUUUUAUUUUAUAACUUAGCAUCGUUGUAAUUCAUGUUGUACUUUAACAACAUCAGGUAGUGGAGCAGUUGAAUUGGAAGAGGUUGCAUAUAUAUUUAAUAUAUAUGUAUAUAUUUAUAAAACUGUAAAAAGUUAAACUAAACAAUGUUAGAUACAUUUAUUUCCUCUUAACCUUUUUCCCCAAGGAGAAAAGGGAAGUAUCAGCACUGUCUUGCUAAAAAGAAAUCAAAGUUAAUUGACAUAAGUAGACCUUGUACUGUAAUUUACCUAAAAUGUGUUUUAACAUUGUUAGAGCAUCAAUGACACUCGCGGUUUGUCUCUGCUGUAACUCGCUGCUAGCAAGCAGUCAAGCUGUUAAGGUUUAGGCUCCCUUGCACGUUUGUGUUAGGAGAAUGCAGAAUUUUCUCAAAACACGCCAUGUGGAUUUUUGUUUGAGUAACUGCAUUGCGUAUUGUCGGUUAAUGUUUUAGAUUUUGAGUUUUAGUGAAUACAGCACUGUAGUAUUCACCGGAAUUGAAGAGGCAUGUUGCAUUGAUUUGUCUGAAGAGAUCGAACUGAUGCAUGUUACAUUAAAAGAAGAAAAAAAUAUUUAGGAUUAAGGUAUUUUUUGCUUGUUUCAUAAACUAAGCGUUGAGCGCAACCAGAGUGUUCUGAAAAUUGAGAAUACCCUUGUUGAUGAAUGUCUGUAUAAAACUUGUGGAAGGCCAAAGAAAUUCAAGUUGAGUAAUAAAACUAUUCUGGCUGCUGUCUAGGAAGUUCACCUUUUUUUCAGAUCUUUUCAGUUUGGAUAGUGGCUGAAUAAACUCAAAUUAAUUUCUUAA